UAUAAAGAUAUAAGCGGCCUUGAAAAAUGAAAAUAGAGUUUCUCUGUUUGAUGAAAAAAUAGUACGAAUAGUCAUACACGAUAUCAUAUUUGGCGAUUUCGUUGUGAUAUUGUUGACAGAUAGAGGAGCAUAGGCGUAUCUACCACCAUGUCAUUUUCACUCAACCUUCCUCCGUCUGUGGUUGCUAAAAAGACCAAGACGGAGGAGCAGGAUGAGCCAAAAAAGAAGUCACGAGAGGACUGGCGGAAACAGAAGGAGCUCGAGGAGAUGAGGAAAGCUGGAACAGCGCCAGCUAUGACUGAUGAAGAGGGAAAAGAAAUAAAUCCCCAUAUUCCCCAGUACAUCAUGCAAGCUCCUUGGUACUACCAGGCGACACAAGCAACACUAAAACAUCAGAGAAUUCAAGAAGAUAAGAUAAAAACAUAUGAGGACAGAAAUACAUGGUACAAAAAGGGUCUUAAGGAGGGCCCUGUUGCUACCAAAUUCAGGAAAGGAGCUUGUGAAAAUUGUGGUGCCAUGACACAUAAGAAAAAAGACUGCUUAGAGAGGCCAAGAAAAAUAGGUGCAAGAUUCACAGGAGAUGAUAUAGCACCAGACGAGCACAUAACCCCUAAUCUUAGUUUUGAUUACGAAGGCAAGAGGGAUCAUGCAGCAGGUGUAGAUGUAGAAGAUCAUCAGAUGAAAGUGAGGGAGGAAUACAGUCGAUUAGAAGAGGCUAAGAGGAUGUUAAAGGAAGCAAACUUUUUGGAAGGCAAAGAAUCAGCUGAAAAGUCACAAGACAGUGAGGAUGAAGACAAAUAUGCUGAUGAUGUGGACAUGCCCGGUCAGAAGUUUGAAACGAAACAGCGAAUCACAGUCAGGAAUCUCCGUAUCAGAGAAGACACGGCUAAAUACUUGUAUAACCUUGAUCCAAACUCGGCUUUCUACGAUCCCAAAACCCGCUCUAUGAGGGAAAAUCCAUACAAAAACACAGGAAACAUAGAAAUGGAGCAAAAAUAUGCUGGAGACAAUUUUGUCAGAUUCUCAGGAGAUGCACAUCAGUUUGCCUCAAAGCAAGUGUUUGCAUGGGAAGCUUACGAGCAUGGAACUGAUGUCCACCUACAAGCAGAUCCAACUAAAUUGGAAUUGCUUGCACAGGAAGUUCAGAAAAGGAAAGAAGAUUUUAAGUCUACAGCCAAAGAUAGCAUUCUCAGCAAAUAUGGGGGGGAGGAGCAUUUGCAAGCCCCGCCCAAACAACUCCUUUUGGCUCAAACAGAAGACUAUGUGGAAUAUUCUCGACAUGGUUCAGUUAUCAAGGGCAAUGAAAAACCAGUGAUUAGAUCAAAGUAUGAAGAAGAUGUUUACCUAAACAACCACACAUCUGUGUGGGGAUCUUAUUGGAAGGAUGGCCGAUGGGGCUUCAAAUGUUGUCAUAACUUUGUGAAAGAGUCUUAUUGUACCGGGGCUGCAGGAAUUGAUGCCUCCCAUGUAGACAUCAUCCCAGCCAUCGGAAACGGGGAGGAGGCGGGUGAAGAGGAGGAGGAGGAGGAGGAACCCAAAUCCUUGCUACAGCAACACCAGGAAAAAAUGUUAAGUGAAAAGAAAAAAAAGAAGAAGAAAAAGAAGAAUAAGAGGAAGCACAAGAAGAAGAGCAAAAGUAGCAGUAGCGAGUCAGAAUCAGAGGACGAAGAGAAAGUCCGGGAGAAGAAACUGAAAGAGGCCUUAAAGAAAGAGGAAGAACACCAGAAGAAAGCUGAUCACUUGCUGUCACUGGAUGAGAGAAAGAGACCUUACAACAGCAUGUACGAUAAUGUGGCCCCUACAGACGAGGAGAUGGAAGCCUGGAGGAUGAAACACAGGAGGACCGAGGACCCCAUGUCACACUUCACGUAGCCAAGAGGACCUCAUUAAAACCUGUCAAAGGGACCUCAUAAUGUACACCUUAACACAAAAGAUUGUGACUAGAAUCAAAGUAAAACAACAUCAGAUAACUAAGGGGACCCUAAUGAAACCUAAAUAAAACAUAUACGUCUACAAUGGCACACAUGGUGUGGUUAAAAGAGGACCUCAUUAAAACAUGCCAAAGGGACCUUAAAUUUACACAUAACACAAGUGUGUUGCUAGAAUUCAUGUGAAACCACUUAACUAAGGGAACCUUAUCGUAACCUCAAGAAAACAUACACACUGUCACACUUUAUGUAGUUAAAAGGACCUCAAGAACAUGUCAAAGGGACCUUUAAUUAACAGCAUAACACAAGAUAUUGUUGAUCAGUGUGAAAUAUCACAUAACAAAGGGGACCCUAAUGAAAUCUAAAUAAACAUGUACAUUGUAGUUGUAAGGUCCUCAGUAAAACAUACUUUUAAACAGAUCUUCAUUCAGUUCAUUUGGAAAAAGGACCCUUCUGUAAAUCAUUUUAUAACAUGCCAUGGCAUUUCUUUGUGUUUUGUGAGAUAGCUGGAAUAAUUUGUCAUAAAAAUGAAUUGAACAUGAAACACAGGAAUUAUAUUUGUUGUUAUUGAAUGAUAGAAGUGGCAAAUGUUUAUCUUUUUGUAUGACAACGACAAUAUCAUGCAAAUAAUUACACCCUACUUUACAGGUAGUAGUGUGUCAACUUGUUUUCUUCAUCAUUUACAAGAAAAUAAAUAUGUAUAGAAUGUC